CCCCCUUCCCAGACUUUCCCCGUAUCCCGUCGCGAUCGAACGCAGUUAGGGUGCGGCGCUUUUCCAAAAACAUAACUUAAUAAGGUUAAAAUGGAGCUGAAGGGCAAGGUGGCUUUGAUAACUGGUGCCGCGGCGGGCAUCGGGCUGGCCUACAGUGAAGAGCUGCUGAAACAAGGAGCAAAGGUUUCCCUUUGCGAUAUUGAUUCUGAAAUCGGCGAGUCAGUGUCUGACGAGCUCGGGGCGAAGUAUGGCCGCAAGAACGUGCUGUUCUGUCAGUGUGACGUCACGGACUACCCACAGUACGAGGAGGCUUUCGCAAUGACUAUGAAGGUGUUCAACCGACUGGACAUCGUCAUCAACAACGCGGGAGUCAUGAACGAUCGGUUUUGGGAGCUAGAAGUUGAUGUGAACUUGAACGGCGUGAUCCGCGGCACGCUGCUCGCGUACCGCUUCAUGGGCAAGGACCGCGGCGGCGCGGGCGGCACCAUCGUCAACACCGGGGCCAUGGCCUUCACCAGGCCGCAGGUGUCCACACCCAUCUACACUGCGACUAAUUAUGCUGUGGUUGGACUCACUAGGGCUUAUGGGGACCAAUACCACGUGAGUCUGACCGGCGUCCGCACCCUCGUGCUCUGUCCGGGGCUCACGGACACGGGGCUCGUGAAGGACAUCCGCAAGCAGCUGAUGAGCAGCGAGUAUGAGGCCGCGUGGCAGCGCGACAACGGCAGUUGUAAGAUGCAGAGUGCGGAGCACGUGGGUCGCGCGCUGGUGGAAGUCCUGGGCAAGGCGCAGAGCGGCUCCGUGUGGAUGGUGGAGAACGGACAGCCGGCGCGGGAGUGGCGCGGUUAACUAGCCGACGAGGAUGAUGACGUCAGCCGAUGAUGAUGAUGAGAGGGCGGUAGGGCUGGCACAUAUAAAUAGGAGACUAUGUCGCGGCGUAAAAACUCAAAGGGAUGAAGCAAGAGAGUGGAAGGACACGACGACGUCGUAUCGUAUUUAUGUGUGCGAGCCCGUAAGGUCAACUAGGUCAAAUGUGUCUACGGGAUAAAUGUUUCAACCUAAGUUAUUUUGUAUUAAGUAGUACGUUUGGGUCGAGAUGGACUAGUUGACCUUUAUAGUGUCAAGAACUUAUCUGAGCUAUCAUCAUCAGCUGAUUAUCACCCACUGCUGGGCAUAGAGUAUUCCCAUGGAAGGCUACAAAUUCUUUCGUCUCCGGCCCGGCACUGUAUGAUUUUGUCGACGUCAUUCCAUGUUUGAUUAUUUAUCAAAAUACAGAAUUCAUCACUAGCAUUUUGUAAAACAAACUCUAAUGCGGUGUCGGUCGUUGACAAAACAUAUUUUUUAUUAAUUCUUUUUCACAUUCAGCCUUUCAGUCAAAUACGGUGAUCGGCUGAAAAUCAGAAGUAAAUCAAAUAACGUAACCUAGAUCUAGAAAGUUUAUCUAUCAGGGAUGUAAAGGAUGUUAAUAAGUAAUAAAUAAGUAUAAUAGGCUGGUCUUACAGUGCUGGCAAUCCACACAUUUUGGUCUCUCAGGUCGACGUUAUAGUAGAGAUUUCGCAUUUUAAGACCAGCCUAUGGUCUAUGGUGUUUUUGGUAAACCCCAUUUGUAGCAAGUUCAUUUGGGUACAAAAAAUAUUUAUAUUUAGAUACGUACAACUUUCUAGUUAAGAAUAAAGGUAGGUAUCAAACAAACGUCGAGGUUGAUACGCACCUUUAGAAUUGCCCCUAAAAGGCAUUUUUAUGAUUACUGGCUCAAAUGCUAAAAAUAUAAUCAUCAUUAGGCUAUAACGGAACGUAUGAAGUCAUUAACCAAAAAAGAAUGGUUGUGUAAAUAAUUCAUUCAUCUGUAAUUAUAAGCGUAAAAUUAAAAUAUUUGUCAUAGUUAGUGCUUAUACCCAUGUAAAAGUCCUUGUAUAACGAAGAUAAAUAUGUAUUUUAUUAUUGACGUGAAGGAUAUACGGUUACGCUCAGUCAACUACUGUCUGCUCAAGCAUAAUAUGACUGCGUCUCCAGAAGGUGAACACUUUAUCGACUGGGAACGCAGCCUAACUACAUUUUCCUCUAAAUUACAUAUUGUAGUGGCUAUGAUCAAGCUUCAAUACUUAUGAUCAAUACUUGAUGCAAAAGAAAGCAGUUUAGUAUCUGACUGAGCGUAAUGCGUAACCUAAACAAUGUAUUCUCAUAACAUAAGUAUUUGUUAUCCUUGUAUUAUUAAGAUAAGUUACGAAUGUCUAACAUAUUGAUUUUUAAUAAUGGGGGGACAGAGGACUGAAGUACUUAUGAAGAAGUUGAGUGUUUUUUAUUUAUAUUUGUAUUGCCUCAGUAACGUGUAAAGUUAAUUCUUUUGCAAUAAAAAAUAAAAUCCA